AUGAGUAAGUUUCACACUAAUAUCUUGUCCUUGGAGUUGAACGGAGAAGAAAUCAAAACCACCAUAACAAAUGAAUGGAAAGUGAUCGACGAUCACAUAUGGUCUUUCUUACACCCAACAGACAGUUACAGAACCAAGGUUAUCGGAUUCGAUAUCGAGUGGCGUCCAACUCUCUCUUUGGAUUAUGAUGCAACCAGUUCCCGGACCUGGACCAGACCAGCGACUCUUCAACUGUGUGACGGACAUUCGUGUCUUAUUGUCGAGCUACCUCCUAAGUUUGACGUUCCCUUUGCAUUGCGGAAUUUCCUUCGUCAGCCAAAUUACACCUUUGUAGGGUAUGGAAUUAAAGAUAAUUUUGUUAGCUUGGAGAGGCAUUGUGGGAUUGGUUGCAAAAAUGCUGUAGAGCUUGGAACUCUGGCUGCUACUCUCAUGAAUGCGCCUCAAUUAAGUUUUUGCGGAGUUGAUGAAUUGGCGUUUGUUGUUGAUAAACUUGAUGUUCGGAAGUAUAGGCCUUUAGAGUUGGAUUUGAAUUGGGGUAGUUAUCCUCUUAACAAUGAACUUGCUAAACUUGCUACUAUCAAUGUUUAUUCUUAUCAUAAGAUUGGGAGUAAGUUGCUUGAAAGGUAUGGUUACAUCAGAUUGCUUUAG